AUGACUUUCAUGGAGCAGGAAAUCAAGGUGUCGGCUGGGCAGAAUCCACAAGCAGAUGUAGACAUUGGUGUACAAGCCCCGCAGGUGCAGCGCUUUAGUUCCCCGGUCUGUUUCAAAGCAGUUGCCCUUUUUGUCUACGAUCGGCAGAAUUCGCUCGUUGUCUUCAUCGUGAACUUUCUGGCCGUGAUUGGCAUGGCCAAUGUGCAGUUUCGCGCUGUGGAAUGCGUUUCUAUGCAAGUCUCCCCCACGGUCGGUGGCAUGAUCGAUGCCUUCUUGGGCAAGUCGGUGGAGCAGGUCAUGGCCAUUCAGUGUUUGCGUGCCGGACUUCCCGACGUGCUGCAAGCCAACCUCAUGGGCUCCAUGCACUGGUGCCUCCUGCUUGUCCUGGGAAUGUCCAUCUUCGCUGCAGGCGUGAAGAAGAAAACCUGCAAGUUCAACGUUGAUGGGGCAGCGGCACAGAUGUCUUGUCAGAUUGUCUGUGCCAUCAGCAUCACUUUGCCGACGAUGUUCGGUGCAAUUCCUGGCGUCACAUCCCAUCAGGUCAUGUUGCUCUCCCGCGUGUGCGCCAUCAUCUUGAUCUUUCUCUACGUUUGUUUCAUUUACUUCCACCUGAAGACCCACAAAGCCGAUGGUCUGCAAGUGGGCAUCAAGCAUGUUCAAGGGCGACCAGAAGUGGUUAGAUUAGACUUGUCCAAGAAGUUCCAGGUGCCCUUGCAGUUUAUCGGGGCCACGAUGCUGCCCAUUCUUGGAAACACCGCCGAACAUGUCGCAUCUGUCAGCCAUGCGAUGAAGGAUGAAAUGGACACCUCCAUCGCGAUUGCCCUGGGGUCUGCUUUGCAAAUCGCCCUGUUCGUCGUGCCCCUCUCCGUCAUUUACGGCUGGGCUUUCGACCGGCCCAUGAGCUUGAACUUUAGCAUGUACGAUUCUGCAGUCAUGCUCUUGGGCACCUUCCUAGUGGCGCAGAUCCUCCAGCACGGCUCGUCGAACUGGCUCCACGGGGCGACCUGCCGUAAACUGUGUAUUGCUACGGCUACUACGACUACUACCACUACUACUACUACUACUACUACUACUACUACUACUGCUACUGCUACUGCUACUGCUACUGCUACUGCUACUGCUACUGCUUCAACUACUGCUACUACUACUACUACUACUACUACUACUACCACCACUACCGCCAAGGCACUGGCUGUGGUUUCCGCCAUGCGCAGUGACACAGUUCUGCGAGAGAAGUGCUGUCUAGGUUUGGGAAGCACAAGUAGCAGAGCGCCUUGGAUUCGUGGACACAUGAUCGUAUGA